UAUACAUGCAUGCACGGUUAGGACGACGAGGAACCAUCAUCCAUAUCUCCGGCCCGGCCGUCCACUUCUGCAUCAUCUGCCAGUGCCAGCAUAGCCGUUCGCACACAGCGAACACUACAGAGAUCUAGCUAGCUAGCUACCUAUAUAUAGCUAUUCUUCAGCAGCGGCUUCAGCGCCUGCUGUAUAGGUUGAUCCACCGACCCACACCGACCAUGAGCUACCAAGCAGGCUACCCGCCGCCGGCAGGUCAGCAGCAGGCCUACUACGGGGCGCCACCACCGCCGGCAGCCUACGUCGCGCCGCCGCCGCCCAUGUACCCGCCGACGCAGGACGGCGGCGGGUACGACCAGCACCAGCAGCAACAGGCCACGACUACGGCCAGCCGCGGCGGCGACGGAUUCUGGAAAGGAUGCUGCGCCGCCAUCUGCUGCUGCUGCCUCCUCGACAUGUGCUUCUGAAGAUCGAUCACGAUUAUAGACAACGACAUCCACCCCAGCUGCUCAUCGAUGAUUAGUGGCGCAAUUUCUCUCCUUUAUUAUUUUCCGUGAGAUAGAAAGUGUGAUCAUCAUAUCAUUCACGACAUGCUGAGUUGAUGUCAAUGGUCUAUGAUGACGAUCGACCCGUGAUGCAUAGUCAUAGCUUUUCUUUCUGGUGCUGCUGUAUGUGUAGUGUACGUGUAUUGAGUACUUGUUGUCCAGAUUUAUCUAUUGUGAAUUAUUAUUCCCCGGUGGCCCACCCAUGCACGUGGCACCUACCAUUUUUUUUAUAAUGUAUACACAUUUUUUUUAUAUAAACACGUGCUUGAGUC